AUGUUAAUCAAGGUGCGAACGCUUACCGGCAAGGAGAUUGAGCUGGACAUCGAGAACGAAUACAAGGUCUCUCAGAUCAAGGAGAAGGUUGAGGAGAAGGAAGGCAUCCCGCCCGUACAGCAAAGACUCAUCUACGGUGGAAAGCAAAUGGUCGACGACAAGUCCGCAUCUGAAUAUGGCCUCGAGGCUGGCGCUACGUUGCAUUUGGUUCUCGCCCUUCGUGGUGGAAACUAG